AUGGCAAAAAAGGGAGAGUACGACGGCCUGGAUUCUGCUACUAUGAGAUCAUGCAAAGAAAAUCCAACAAGAAAUGCUGGUAUUUUUUCCGUCCUUUUCUAUCGGUGGGUUGGAGAGAUGGUUGCCAUUGGUAACAAGCGUCCAAUUGAAGAUGAUGAUCUUUUCCCUCUACUUGACGACGAUAAAACUGAAACUUCAGCUGAAAAACUCAAGCGGACGUGGAGCGAAGAGAACGAAAAACGUGCUUCUAUGACAGAGAAAAAAGGUUAUCGACUGUUCAGAGCACUUAUCCGAAUGUUACAUUGGAGUUAUCCAUUGUUUGUUGUGAGCACUGCUUUGCUAGCCGGCGUUUGUAAUGUCCUUCAGUGCGUGUUUCUGAGUUUCUUGUUGACGCAGUUCGUGAAGUCUUCCUCUUCAGACCGCUGGCUGACGUACAUCUAUGCUGCUGGAAUUUGUCUAAGUUCAUUAGUGCGUGUCAUUGCCACUCAGCAAUGGAAGUUUCAUGCAUAUCUAAUAGCCCUCAGGUGGAAAUCAGGAACAGUCGCUAUCAUUUAUGAAAAGGUGAGUGAGGUACUUGACAGUGGACCACUUUUUAUAUAUUUACGUUCAUACUUAAGUACCCGAGGCUUUAGGGCUACCGUGACAGUUAGGGCUGCCGUCACAGGUCGAAGUGACUGUGCCUACCACAUCCACUUUCUUGUACUUUUUUAUUUACUUCCGUUGUUAACGUACAUCGAGGGUUUGAAUUAAUUUUUUUUCAAGGGUAAAAGAGCUAUUUAACAGCAUUGAAAUUGAAAUUGUGAUUGUGAGUAACAACAGGGCGGUGCCUAGCAUGGGUCUAGAGUCCCGCUUGCACUUGCCCUUUUGGGAAUCAGCAAUUGUUUUUAACUAUUCUUGCACCUAUAAUUUAUUAGUUUUAUUUCCUUAAUUAUAUGUCUUCUUGUAAAUGCUAUCGUGAUGGCAUUCUUGCGCCAAUAAAGUGUCAAAAAGAAAAAAAACCCUCCGGAUAUACAGUCAACUCUCGCUGAGUCUUAGAGAGAUGUCCGUCUUAUAGAGAGUUAAAUAAAGGGAGCAAAGAAAGGCAGGGACCAACUCUAGGUGUCCGUUUGAGGGAGGUGUCCGUCUUAUAGAGGUGUCCGUUAUGUAUAACGAACGGUUUAACGAGCUCAGUCUUUGCCCCGGUAAAAGUAAACAAUAUAAAAUAUGGAAAAGAACCUCGAUAUAACGAAACUUCGUUAUGGGGAACGUAUUUUGCCAGUCCCUUAGCCCCUUGUCAUAUCGAGGCUUCACUGUCAUAGUAGCCUCCUCUGCAGACGUUCUUAUGGGUUGGUCACGUGUUCCAGCCCCAAUAACGUCUGCUGAAACGAGUGGUUAAAUUCCUUUCGCAUCGUUCUCAAAUAUCGGCUGGAGCUCUUGGGCAGAUUACCGGAGAACCAAUCGGCGCUGUUGAAUUCAAAGUGUUAACAAGCCAAACACAUACGUUCAAGCUCGGUAGGCUCUCAGAUAGCGGGAAGACGCGAAAGUAACAGGCUCGUGAAAAGUUGGCGGGACGGGAAAAAGAAAAAGGAAGGAGAGCCUGUAAUCAUUUCUUUUACCACCCUCUUCCGCCACUUUUGACAAGUUUGAGAUAAUUAGAUUUCGGCUGUCAAACUGUUGAAAAGUCAAUGAGUUGGAAUCUUUCUCAAAUUUUCUCAGAGAGUAUUUCGCGCCGCGCUAUUCCCUUACUCGAGUGAGGGCAAUUGGAGUGUAAAAAGGGGGUCAGCAGUAAACACACGACUUUUACCUCGUGCAAAAGUGCUGCUUGUUCCAAUGAUUUUUUUCCCUUACGGGUAGAUUAUGCUCUGGAGAGGUCUACUUUUAACUGAGCAAAUUAGCUCAUACUGAGCUGAAAGCGAUUUUCUUUGGUCCGUAAAUGUGAUGGUUUCUUACAAUGUUUUGUCACGCUGAGCUCAGCUCGUCAGUGCUUUUGCAGGAUGUUUGAAAUUUUCACGGAUAGUGAUUCACAAAUGCAAAUUUCGAAGGAUGGAUUGCAGCUAAAAACUGAAGCUACCUUUAAUAUAGAGAACUACGUUACUCCAGCUUGUUCUCCUUAGAGAUCGAUCUAAAGAUAAAAAUGUGAGUCCGGCCUGGUCCGCGUAGAGAACUCCUUCUUGCGACUGUUCUGUUAUUGCCAGUUUGUUAUCAGGAGAGACUGAAGCUGGUAGGCAGGAUUGCAAAGACAUCUUUUCCACGCUUCAAGUUCACAUGUUUGAGGUCAGCUGUUCCUUCCUCAGCGCUAGCUCCUAUGUAGCUCUAUGUGCGGGAAAUUUCGUACACAUUUUUUCAACCGACAGAAGUUAUCAUUUAUCCCUUUAUUUCACGGGGGUGGACGCCGCACGCCAUUUUUCUGAUUGACAGGAACGACCUGCUUUGAGAGUGUUGAUCAGUAACCUGUCAAAUCUUACCAAUUAGAGGAUAUUCCAGGUACCAGGAGCUGCUAUACCGGAACGGGUCGUUUAAAGAAAUGAUUACAGCUUCCCCCGCCGCUCCUCUUCCCAGUUUUCUCCCGUUUUAUUUUCGUGUACGCGCUUUCAGUAUUAUUAUUAUUAUUAUUAUUAUUAUUAUUAUUAUUAUUAUUAUUAUUGUCUCUUUUAUCACAGUCUUUGCUGGUGUUCUUUUUGUGCCUCAGCCGGGCGCAAACCAUGUACCCAGAGCGUCAGUCACUCAAGUCAAUCAUUCUGUUCAUACACUGAGUACCUUUCUGAGGAUUCGCGCAGAUCCCAGCAUGCAGAUCUUUUGAAUCUCUGUCAUAGCAUCUCUCUCUCAUACUUUCUUGAUGUUUUCUACCAUACCCUUCUUCACUGUACCAAGCGCACCAACAACCACAGGGAUCACUACGGUUUUCAUAUGCCACAUUCUUUGUAUUUCUAGUUCUAGGUAUUAUUAUUAUUAUUAUUAUUAUUAUUAUUAUUAUUAUUAUUAUUAUUAUUAUUAUAGCUUAAAAGACGUUGUUUAGGCUACCAAUAAGCAACAUUAAAUCAAUCAAGACGGCUUGCUGCUAACCUGCUAUCAGGCGGUCUUUCUUUCCUUUUUGUUUGGGAGACGAGGAGAAAAAAAACGCCUCGUCGCAGGUUAGCUUGCUUUUUAAAUAACGAUAUCAUAUUUCCUAAAUACAGGUGUUGAGUUUGAAUCAAGAAGAUUUAUUAAAUGUAUCAAGUGGCUGGAUCAUUAACCUUGUGGCUGGUGACCUUCAACGCUUUGAACUUGCCGCCCAUAGUUUUGUCGACCUGGCUGAAGCUGUACUUGAAGUGACUGGUAUCUCCUGCCUCAUGAUGUACUUAUUUGGCUGGAAACCUCUGUCAGGAGUAGGCUUCAUGGUCAUUCUUGCACUAUAUUACGCAGUGACUGGACAAAUAAGCUUAAAACUGCGAACAAAAAUUUCUCAUGUUGCGGAUCUGCGCGUGGAUAUGAUGAACUCCAUCCUUUCUGGAAUUCGUUCCGUCAAGAUGUAUGCUUGGGAGGGAUCAUUCAUGGAAAAAGUGAAACGGUUGCGAAGGUAUGUAAACGCGCAACUCUUGCUCNAUGGUCAUUCUUGCACUAUAUUACGCAGUGACUGGACAAAUAAGCUUAAAACUGCGAACAAAAAUUUCUCAUGUUGCGGAUCUGCGCGUGGAUAUGAUGAACUCCAUCCUUUCUGGAAUUCGUUCCGUCAAGAUGUAUGCUUGGGAGGGAUCAUUCAUGGAAAAAGUGAAACGGUUGCGAAGGUAUGUAAACGCGCAACUCUUGCUCUCAAAUAAAUUGUUUCAAACGAUCCAAAUACAGGCUAGGACUGCUAGAGAGUCAUUCUGCUGCAUCGAUGUGAAAAACAGAACAAAAUAAAAAAACACCUGCCGCACUGCCGGUCGCAAAUUGUUAUUUAUUAUCAGCUAACAUGAAGAAGGGUCUCAAUGGGGUGGUAGCUUUGACGGUUGAUUGUUAAUUUUCUCCGAUUUUGACGGAUGACGGUUAAAUUUUAGAACUUUUGACGGUUGACGGUUGUUAAGUGGAAAUUUAGUUCAAGGAUUUUCUAGAACGGUACUAAUAUUAACCUAUGUAUAAAUUUAUAUCAACUAUUGCAUGUUUUGGAGUUUGUCUGGGUCUUCUUUGGACUGCAGUUCAGUGCUUUUUGUUCGACUUGUCACGAGCUUUAAAACAGGGUUUGAGUUAUAGACUGAGGGUAAAAUUGCAUAGAAAAAAUCAGAGGCACCCAACGUCAAUUUUCGGAAAAUAUCUGUUUAGAAGACGAUUUGAGACCUAGAAUUUUCGGAACAUUUGUUGUAAAAUUUCUUGCUUGCCUCCCUCUCAUAGGAUUUUCGAACAUAUAAAAAAUGGUAUAAUUGCCCUUUUUCACGGGAUUUUUACCCUAAAAAGGUCACCUAUAAUUUUCGGGAGCCUUUGUUUUUGGCUGAAAUUUUCGAAAAGGUAAGUUUUGAUCCCUAUAAAUUUCGGAUCAUUAGGCUUUCAGCUAGGAAAUCCGAACAGAUGAAAAACUUUUAGGGGAUAAAAAUAAGCCUAUAUCUACCGUUUAAAUACUAGAAUACGUUCAACAAUGCUAUGUUUACGUGGUUUUGAACUAUAUUCUCGUCGGGUGUCCCUGAAAAAUCUGAGGGGAAACAAAAAUUACUUCGAGUAUAAAGCGGGAGGUUCGAGUUGCCGACUGGUGAAAAUACGGUAAGUAAAUGAAGGAAAUCCAGGGGAAAUUGAUUUUGGUUCGAGUUAGCCCGAGGUUCGAGUUAACGAGGGUGCGAGUUAUCGGGAGUCGACUUCACGCCAAAGAGUAGAAGUCCUAAGAACGUACCCUGCCUUCACCACGGGUAGCCUAAGUUUAUGAGAGCCAUGAACAACAUUAUCCUACUUACCGUAGCUACUCUUAAGUAGGAUAAGUUAGUAACUAGUAAUUUCAAGUUUCAAUUUAGUACUUUCUCGUGUUUAUUUGUGUGCUGACCGCAUUGUAGGCCUCUUAGAUCGCCAAGAGCCCGUGGAGCAACACGAUCUGCUACUAAGCUAAUAAUUAUUCAUACAGCAAGAAAAUUACAGUUAACACAUUGUAUGAGAAACAAUCUUGCUCACUAAACUAGCAAAAUGUACAGUGAAUAUCGCUUUGAAGGUUACUUUGAGCGUUUUGUGUGUGUAUGUGUGUCUCUAGCUUUGUGUUCUAACUGCAUUUCAGGCCUACGAGGCACUGUUUAAUGCGUUUUUAGAGCGACAGGUUUUCACCCAGGUAAGCGAUGUUGUUCAGGCCGUAGGGCUCUCAUGGUGAGCUUGGACUACCUGUGCCUUCAGAAUUCGAUCAUUUUUUUCUUUAAAUAAAGUGAAAAGAAAAGAAUCUUUAAGUAUGGCUUAAAUACAUCGAUCAUUCAAGGAUAUCUAAGACUGAUGGUAGCACCUUAGCUGUCAAACUGCUUAUAACCUCCAAAAUUUUACGCAAAAAUUCAAAGUGCACCGCAACGCCCUUGAUCAGAUUUUGCAAAUAUUGAGGAUGCCCGUUCUCUUGUUCUUCCAGGAUAGAAAUCAAGCUGAUCAGAAUGAAAACAGUGAUAGGAGCAAUCUAUUGGUCUCUCUUUUUUUCCGGUCCUCUAAUAGCCACCUUCUUCUCCCUUGUAACGCUGGCGGCCACAAGAACUGAACUGACUGCCUACAGCACUUUUAUGAUUGUAUCACUUAUCAGCGCCUUAAGGACCACCGUUACGUGGAAUAUUGCAAAACCAAUUGGUAUAUUGGCUGACUUUGCUGCAGCACUGGCUCGUAUCCAGGAGUUUCUCGAAUUUAAAAACAAAAAAACUCACAAAUACCUAAAAGACUCCUUCGGCGAUGAGAUAAGAGAAAGAGAGAUCUCCAGCAAGACUAAUUACUCACGUUUUGAUGACGUAAAUGAAUCAGUAACCCGGUCGUCUAGCAAAGAUGCUGCUUUGGUAUUGAAGAAUGUCGCAUGUAGUUGGACUGGCACGUGGAAUAAGUUAACUUUGAAGUGGUUGAAUUUAUCCGUCGAAAACGGUGACCUCGUCUUCAUCACAGGUCCUGUAGGUUGCGGCAAGUCGUCCUUCCUGUACGCCAUUUUGAAGGAAAUUUCGCUUUUGUCUGGCAGUGUAUUGCGUCAUGGUAAAAUUGCCUGGGUUGGCCAGCAACCAUGGGUGUUCGCGGGUACCGUGCGAGAAAAUAUCUUGUUUGGUGAAAAGUUCGACCCACAAAGGUACCUUUCGACAAUCGAGGCGUGUGACUUGAUCAAAGACUUUCAAAGAUUCCCGGAUGGUGAUNCUGAUCAGAAUGAAAACAGUGAUAGGAGCAAUCUAUUGGUCUCUCUUUUUUUCCGGUCCUCUAAUAGCCACAUUCUUCUCCCUUGUAACGCUGGCGGCCACAAGAACUGAACUGACUGCCUACAGCACUUUUAUGAUUGUGUCACUUAUCAGCGCCUUAAGGACCACCGUUACGUGGAAUAUUGCAAAACCAAUUGGUAUAUUGGCUGACUUUGCUGCAGCACUGGCUCGUAUCCAGGAGUUUCUCGAAUUUAAAAACAAAAAAACUCACAAAUACCUAAAAGAUUCCUUCGGCGAUGAGAUAAGAGAAAGAGAGAUCUCCAGCGAGACUAAUUACUCACGUUUUGAUGACGUAAAUGAAUCAGUAACCCGGUCGUCUAGCAAAGAUGCUGCUUUGCUAUUGAAGAAUGUCGCAUGUAGUUGGACUGGCUCGUGGAACAAGUUAACUUUGAAGUGGUUGAAUUUAUCCGUCGAAAACGGUGACCUCGUCUUCAUCACAGGUCCUGUAGGUUGCGGCAAGUCGUCCUUCCUGUACGCCAUUUUGAAGGAAAUUUCGCUUUUGUCUGGCAGUGUAUUGCGUCAUGGUAAAAUUGCCUGGGUUGGCCAGCAACCAUGGGUGUUCGCGGGUACCGUGCGAGAAAAUAUCUUGUUUGGUGAAAAGUUCGACCCACAAAGGUACCUUUCGACAAUCGAGGCGUGUGACUUGAUCAAAGACUUUCAAAGAUUCCCGGAUGGUGAUAUGACGCUUGUUGGAGAGCGAGGAAUAGUACUUAGUGGUGGUCAGCGGGCUCGUGUUGAAUUGGCACGUGCAGUGUACUCCAAUGCUGAUAUAUAUCUCUUGGAUGAUCCUCUGAGCGCAGUUGAUGCAAAGGUUGGACAGCAUGUUUUUGAAACAUGCGUCCAUGGAUUAUUACGCAAAAAAACUCGGAUAAUGGUCACGCAUAAUCUUCAGGUUCAACGAGAUACCGACGACAUUGUGUUAAUGAAAGAAGGUACUAUUUUAGAAAGAGUCAACUUUAUGUCAUUGUGGAAGUCAGACAUAGGCUUAAAUGAAAUAGAGAAGUACACUGACAAGAAGAAAAAUAUUAACACAGCACAGGAGAGUACAUUACCUCCAAACAAGUCAGGCGACGAAACAACCGUGGACGGAGAAUCUGGUAUGGAAAAUACCGAAGAAGAUCGUGAAGUCGGUUCCAUCUCUUGGAAGUUAUAUUGGCAUUACAUACGAGCUGGAACGGGUGCCAUUUUAGCUGUGAUCAUGUUCGCCUUUUUUCUUCUUGUACAAGGUUGAGUAUAAGUUCAGUUAUUCUGUAAGAAAGUGUUUUAUCAUAUGGCUACAAUAGUACGCGCGUUCUGAUUGGCUGCUUUCUUGUAAGGAACGGGCAUUACUAGCUAGGUGUCCAAGGCAUAUACAAUCUGUGUUUAACUUGAUAGUGGAUAUCCUUAAGGACAUCCAUGUCAUGGUCAGUUGACAGCUGUUAAAAGGGCAUCCGCUGAACAGUGUCACCUGACUAUAUCGCCGGCUCAAGUGUACAGCUCAAUGAGAUGACGAGUUUUUUAAAGUUAUCCGUUGACCAGUUGUAGGUUUUAAUUGAUCGCAGGCUCAGGUUCAUAAUGAAAAGGUCAUAUAAUAAAUAACUUAUUAACCUAGUCCGUUCGGUCAUUGUACCUGGGGGCAGGGGGUAAACCCCAUAAUAAUAUUGUUAUAUAGGAUAUUUUACGCGGGAUAAGGUGUGGUAUUGUAUCUUCUUAGGCCCAGGCCAAACGUGAAGCAGAGUGAGUUACUGGGUUACUGGUUUUCACAUCCGGGUAAGUUCGCGUCCGAAUGAGUUUGGACUGUCCACUGACAACGUUCUAUCCGUCUGAAGCAGACGGAAGACCGUGUCCGAGACAAACGUCUAUCUUCACAUGCAGAACUAAAGUAUUAAAUUAAAAAUUUGUACGAUAAUGCAUAUUUAGCCUUGUUUGGGAGAAAAUUUAUUACUGAUCUGAAAGUUGAAUCCAUUAAUUCGAAUAACCAGUUAAUGAUUAGACCCCUUGAAGGUAUGCUUGAUCUGGCAAAACUGGCGACUAAAAGAAGCGCAACACUAACGAAUGAACCUGUCUUAACUUCUUUACAUAUUAAUCAUGAAGCAUCCUUGGUUCUUCCGGACUGGUGGCUUCUUCAAUUGACCAGUAGAUCACAUGAUCCCCGGAGUCAAAGUCAAGAUUUUUCCAUAUAUGGUUACCUGGUUGGUGCAGCUUUCUUAUUGUCAACUGCCAGAGCGGCCACUUUCCUGUUCGCGUUGAUUAACUCAUCGAUGAACCUUCAUAACUUAAUGCUGUCGGCGGUGGUAAAAGCUCCAGUUUUGUUUUUUGACACCAACCCAGUUGGACGAGUGUUGAACAGGUUUUCCAGAGAUAUUAACAUCAUGGAAGAAUUACUACCAGAAGUAUUCCUGAUGGCGUGCGGGGUAGCCCUGUUAUGCAUUGGAGCAAUCAUACUUCAAUCCGUGUUAAUCCCCUGGAUAAUACUGCCAGCACUCCCGCUCAUGGUUAUUUUUGCUUUGAUUGGUCGAUAUUACCUCAAUCCAUCACGUGACUUGAGGCGUCUGGAGGGAAUCAAUCGAAGUCCAGUGCUAUCUCAUUUGAGUAACUCGUUGGAGGGACUGGUGACCAUUCGAACUUACAACAAGGAAAGUGGGUUUAUGGAAGCUUUGUACAGGUUUGUGUUUAUUAGCCUUAUCCUACAAUACUGAAAAGACUUUUGCUGAUAUAUUUCUCGAUCUCCGAUCAGGAUUAAACGUAUCGCAAGCUCACUUCCUAUGCUCAUUUACUUGGGAGCAAGGGUGAGUCCAUAACCAAGAGCGAGGAAUUUCUUGUAUUCGUGUCACGGCGUUUCCACCGACCAAUUUAUUAUUUUUAAAACGAUUUUGAAACAAAUUUGGAAUAUCUUUUGAGUCUCACAAACCAGUCAUCAAAAACUUACAGACCUAAAAAUAUUUUUGCCAAUGACGUAUUGUUUUCCAUUUUUAUAUUUUAAACUUCGAAUGCGGGGCUCUUUAAGGGAGUGUACUUUCAAUUUUCUCGUGAAAAAGUGUUCUAAGAUGUAUCUUAAAAUAAACCGGUCCGUGAAAAAGCCGUGACAUAAGCCUAGUAUGGGAGUUGCUUAAUCUUGGUUCUAGGUUCUUGUUAGAAGUCAUUUAUUAGACGCAAAUUAUACCACCUUGAAACAUCCAUAUCUUUAAGGANCUUAUCCUACAAUACUGAAAAGACUUUUGCUGAUAUAUUUCUCGAUCUCCGAUCAGGAUUAAACGUAUCGCAAGCUCACUUCCUAUGCUCAUUUACUUGGGAGCAAGGGUGAGUCCAUAACCAAGAGCGAGGAAUUUCUUGUAUUCGUGUCACGGCGUUUCCACCGACCAAUUUAUUAUUUUUAAAACGAUUUUGAAACAAAUUUGGAAUAUCUUUUGAGUCUCACAAACCAGUCAUCAAAAACUUACAGACCUAAAAAUAAUAUUUUUGCUAAUGACGUAUUGUUUUCCAUUUUUAUAUCUUAAACUUCGAAUGCGGGGCUCUUUAAGGGAGUGUGCUUUCAAUUUUCUCGUGAAAAAGUGUUCUAAGAUGUAUCUUAAAAUAAACCGGUCCGUGAAAACGCCGUAACGGUGAUAAGCCUAGUAUGGGAGUUGCUUGUUCUGGGUUCUCAGUUCUUGUUAGAAGUCAUUUAUCAGAAGCAAAUUAUACCACCUUGAAACAUCCAUAUCUGUAAGGACUAGGCCACUAUGAAGCAGACUUUUCGAGCUUGACAUAGAUAAUCGUUUGACUGAAAAACUCACCACCAUUCAGGGCUUCCCACCAGAUUAUCUCUUCCUACAAUAGAGAACUUUAAAUACACGUUUACGGCAGAUAGAAAAAGAACAGAUUCAAGUUGACAAUUUCUCAAAUUAGGAAAUAAGCAUAUAUGCUAGUGUGAAAAAUAAUUCUUACGUUUGAACCCCGACGCAAACAGCCACUAGCCUGCGGGCAAGCUCUCCAUUUGGGGGAGUCGCGAGAAGCCACGCGUGGCACGCUCACAUGAAACUACGUUAAUUGUGUUGCCAUAAUGAUCAGUAAACGACAUUCGUAAAGGAGGGACUUGGUCACGUGAUGCAAACUGGCGUUUGCUGUAUAAACAUGGUUUCUCUUUGACUGAAAUCGGAGUUGAAGAAUAUGGGAAGCCCGAGUACGGGGCGUUGGCUUGGGCGGGAAUAGAUAUAUCCCUUUCGGGCUCAACCUUGUUCCCAGGGUUCUCUCCUACCCGUCUACUAGGAGAAAGAACCUGGGAACGAGGUUGUCUAGGGCUGAACUUCUUCCGUUUGUGACUAGAAUGGAUACCUUAAAAUCAGGUCGGACACCUUAUGUUUAUUACAAAACGCCAUACUCGUGAAAGAGAACCAUUUAUGCCAAUUUACUGGGCACAUUUUUGAGAAAAGUGCGGAAAUCGGAGUAAAAGACAGUUGUGCAAGGAAAAGAGUUGAAUACAGGGUUUAGCACCGAAGUUCAGUGAUUGGGGUUAAGUACUGAUUAAAAACGGUUUAUAAUCAAUGCCAUGUAAAGUACGUUAAAAUUAACCGUUGUCGGCAGUUAUCCCUUGAUGGUUUAGAGGAUGUGGAUUAUACAUCAAAUGUUGCGGGUUCAAGUCCUACGCACUACCGACUGUUUUCUACCGUUUUCGUUCUUAUCUUAUGACUCCUAUCAUGUAUUUUGAGUGAAGAUGACGACCUGAUUUUGGGUUAUCCAUUCUAGUCACAACCCUGAGCUUCCUCGGAUCAGUAAAACAUUAAGGGGAGUACCCCGGAUUUCUUUCAAUAAGAUUAAAAGCCAAACAUGUUUUUAUAGCUUUCAUCAAAGGGAUUGAUUGCCCGGUUUUUGAUUUGCUUUAUUAUCAGAUACCAAGAUGACCACAAUCGAGCCUGGUUUGCCAUUUCUGCAAUGUCUAGAUGGCUCGGUAUCCGUCUGGACAUGAUCUGCGUCACCUUUGCGUCGUUUGUCGUUUAUAUUGCAAUCAUUACUCAGUCUGAAGCAGGUAAAUUGAAACAACACAAAUAACCAGUUAGAAUUUGACAGUUGAAAUUUAUUACCCAUAAUUAAAUAAAAAUUAGUGCUUGCAAAGAAACUUUUCUGAAAGCGGCGUUUUAAUGUUAGACAUGAUGGGUGAAUAAAUUAGCCGAUAAAAGACAUAAACGUACUCAUGCCAUGGCCAAAUUUCAUAGCCUGCGUAGCAGGCGCUUGGUAGUAGUGGGCGAAAGAGAGAACGGGCGCACGCGAGGCAGACACGCGAGGGGUGAGCCAAGCGCCUGCUACGCCGGCUAUGAAAUUUGGCCAUGGCAUGAAAAAUUCUGAACUUCACAGUUUCAUGAUUUGACUCAGGGAACACUAUUAAUAUUUUGUCUUAGCCUUAUUAUCGUACGUACUAUAUUUUUUAUAAGUUCAUUUGUAACAUUUUUAUAUCUGAUCUGACAUUGCGUUUUACUCAUCAUGAUAAGCGUAAAAGGUAGCAGGAAAGGCAUAAAAAGUGAAAAUUGUGACUAGCACUGUUCUUUUUUUUUGGCAGGGAUUGCAGCAUUAUCCAUUGUAUACGCCCUGCAGUUCGCUGUUGACACAUCCCAGUAUGUCGUUAGGAUGUGGUCAGAAACAGAAAAUUACAUGACAUCAGUUGAGCGCGUCGUCAAAUACAGUCAAAUAGAGCAAGAGCCUGGGUACCAGAAUCAGCGACAGCCUCCAGAACACUGGCCGCAGCGCGGUAAAGUACAAAUAAAAGAUCUGGAACUUGUUUACUACCAGGGCGGACCCAAAAUACUUCAAGGUGUCACUUUUACCAUUAAUCCACACGAGAAGGUCGGAGUUGUUGGUCGCACUGGCGCUGGCAAGUCUUCAUUGAUUGCAGCCCUGUUUCGUAUGCCUCAACCCACUGGUUACGUCAUCAUCGAUGACGUCAAUGUCAAUGAUGUUAACAUUCAAAGUUCUCGCCGAGCCAUGGCAGUUAUUACCCAGAAUCCAGUUCUGUUUACAGGUACACUGCGCAUGAAUUUGGAUCCUUUUGAGGAACACGAAGACAAGGAGAUCUGGAAUGCUUUGAAGGAUGCGAGUUUGGGAGCCAUGGCGAAAAAUCUACCGCUGCAACUGAACCAGUUGGUUAAGGAAAGCGGCAGCAAUUUCAGCACCGGAGAAAGGCAACUUUUGUGUCUGGCUCGUGCGUUAUUGAGGAAGAACAAAAUCAUAGUACUGGAUGAAGCAACGGCAAAUGUGGAUCACAAAACAGAUCAAUUAAUUCAGGAAACAAUUCGCACGAAAUUUAAACGUUGUACUGUGAUUACAGUUGCCCAUCGAUUGAACACAAUCAUGGAUUAUGAUCGAAUUUUGGUCCUGGAUCACGGAAGAGUUGUUGAGUAUGACAAACCAGAAAUUUUACUUCAGAACGAAGAAGGGCAUUUCACUAAACUUUGUCGUAAGUAUGCCGAUGAUAACGCCGACCAAUAUCAAUAA